UCCAACCUUUGCAAGAGGGAAGUUUGGACUUCUUAGUGUUAGCAACAUGGCGGGUGUGCUGUUCGAGGAUAUUUUCAACGUGAAAGACAUCGAUCCAGAGGGCAAAAAAUUCGACAGGGUGAGCAGACUCCACUGCGAGUCCGAGUCCUUUAAGAUGGAUCUUAUUUUGGACAUCAACAGUUGGUUGUAUCCUAUGGAUUUAGGUGACAAGUUCCGUCUCGUGUUGGCGACGACGUUACGCGAGGACGGAUAUCCAGAUGGUAACGAAUGGAACCCCAUAGAGCAGGAAGGUGGUUCCAGGGCAGAUAGCUUCGAGUACGUCAUGUCCGGCAAGGUGUAUCGGAUCGAAGGCGAUGAAGCUAGCAAUGAACCCAGCAGCAGAUUAUCAGCCUAUGUAUCUUUUGGAGGUCUGCUCAUGAGGCUACAGGGUGACGCGAACAAUCUGCACGGCUUCGAGAUAGAUCAACACAUGUACCUGUUAAUGAAGAAACUCGCAUUUUAAUACUACCGAUCGCGCGGGCUGUCGAUUUCUUCUGCCAUUCGAAAGUUUCUUCAACGAAUAUAUCAACCACCGAAGAAAGUUGCGUUUUGCAUUUUAUAUACAAUAGACAAUGUACAAUAGACUAAGUGAUAUCAAUUAUAUUCUUCGCAUUAAUUUACGAUGAUGAAAUUUUCUUUUAUUUUCAAUUUUGAAAAUCUCGCUACAAACUCGAUGAUUUUAUAUUCUAAUUAAGUUAGAAUAAUGUUAUGACCAGAUAAUGUUACUGAGUCACUGGUACUACGAUUACUGAUCUAGGAUUAUUGAAAAACUUAAAAAAGAAAUAAAAAUAUUUUUUUAUAUUGAAA